AUGGACGAUCCCUGGGGCUCACCAUGGGCUGAACCGACCUUGAAGCCAACAACCGCGGCCCCUGAACCUCCGAGCUCCUUGCUGAGUCCACCACCAAAAGCAUUCUUCGGCGCAACGUCCCCAGGCGCUUCGCCUUGGGGUGACGACGCAGGCGAUUUUGGAGAGUGGGCAGGGCCCAACUCAAACAAGCACGAUGACUCGCCCGCCUCGGCCGAUUGGGGUGCUUGGGGUGAAACAUCGCCAACUCGCCUCGCGCCGACUUCACAACUCGACCAUAUCGGGAAAGCUAGCCCAGUAGCAUGGCCCAGCAGCGCAGUACCCUCGCCCAGGCUCAGCCCUUUACCGCGAUCUCGCGCGUCAUCCACUCGAAGACCGUCUGGGACAGAUCCAUGGGUUGCAGAACUUUCCCAGAAUCUAGCGAAGGUCGAUAGUCGCGUGCUCCUGGUACCAGAAACCGAGCAAAACCCACACGCGCCCAGAGGCUAUCAUACCCCACCCGAGAGCAAGAGCGUCUCGCAAGAUGGCACAAGAUUGGAACAGGAUGAGGAGGGUCGGAUUCUGAACACUUCCACGGAUCCAAAUGACGCCAUACCAGCCGACGCACCUGUCGAGACGACUCCGAGAUCUUCUUUCGCCGCCUCUAUGGACAGUGCUUGCGACACAGCGCGACAGGACUCACCUACCACACCGCUAGAUGAAGGACUAAAGGGCCAAGUGAAUUCGGAUGCAAAGUCCGCGUCUGGAAAGGUUCAAGAGCUUGUGGGCAUGUUCGACAGCCUUGCAAGAUCCGCCAGCGUGGAGCCUGAACAAAGAGAUUCCCGGGCUCAGGGCGAGGUGGAGCACGAUGCUGGCUGUGCGAGCAGCCAUAACACCCCUGUAGUGCUAUCUGUUUCAGACCAAGCCGCGCGUGAUGGAGAAGAUGACCACUUACAAGGGAGGGUUGUCGAUUCUCGGCAAAGCUCUUCCGUUCAGUCGGAGGGAUUGGCAACACCAGAGGCAUCAGGUAUCGAGCAGCAUGCACACGAUGACCAAAGCAGCACAUUUACCGAAACAAUACCAUCCCAGGGACAUUCUGAUACGAUCGACGGGAUAAUCAACAAGUAUGGGCCACUGACGUUCGAACCCAAUCUCGGAGCCUUUGAGCAGGCGUAUGCGAAGAUUGUUACCCCUGUGGUCGCUGUCUCCGAAGGUGUUGAGCCUCAUGACGGAAUCAUCAAGGACAGCUUUGGCGAGAUUACGGAAAGGAAGACUUGGUACCGUAUCUCUCGAUUCGGCUCCAUGCGCAAGCACGACCUCGGAGACGAUGACAGUUACACCCGCGUGGCCUGGCCGGUCACAAGACUCCACGACGAUACUAUUACCAUAGUUCGCAGAUGGAUGGAGGAGGACUCGUUCGUCGGCAAGAGUAUGCUAGGGGGCAGCAAACGCACGAGUGUUUUCAAUUGGGACUCACCCGCGGCUCCCGUAGACCUAAGCACCAUCUACGCCAGGAAGUCAUCCAUCGAGGCUACACCUUCCUCAAACUCCAGCGCAGCACGCCAUACGGCGCAGUCUUCCGAGUCUUCGCAGGUGUCGGCAUGGGCAGGGAAACGGCAUUCGCGAGGACCGAGCCAGACGGAUGUGCCACUGUCAGUAGCUCAACAGCCGACUCCGGCAUUUGGGUGGAGCUCUACCAAGCCAAAGGCCACUGUGUCGUUCGCGCCGCCGCCACCGGCACCAUCUCCUAUGCCCUCAGUAGCAAUCAAGACAGCGUCUCAGGCUUCACGCCCAGCGAAAUCCGUGGUGGGUGUCGAACCUCUGGUACUUGUCAAACCCAGCCCUCCGGGUGCCAAAACAGCUGGCGACGAUGAAGACGAUGAUGAUGACUGGGGCGACAUGGUCGCGUCUCCAGGCAUUGAGAACAACACGCCUGUGCAAAUGAACGGUGCCUUUAUGCCGCCAGUACCAGGUCCAGCAUCAACGCAGCCAGUAAUAAAACCGUCUGUCUCCUUCGAGCCCCCACGAGCAGACGUCUUGGGCAAUGAAGAUUUCUCUUUAUUUGAUAAUCAGCGCAGCGACAGCACUGGGAACAGCCUCAUCGGUGCCAGCAACCUGGCUGGAGACAUACGACCAACUCAAAGCAAACCCAUACCGGCACUCGGUUCAUCAUUGGCGAUGUCCACGAAGCCAGUUUUGUCGUCAAAGGCUCCAAAUUCACCACACGGCCUUCCGGCGACAAGUCAGGCGAGCACGAUGCGACAAGCUCCAACAACCUCCAACGCAGAUUCAGAGGAAGAGUCAAGGAUCGCCAAGACUAUUGUGGACAACCUGCCUGAUCUGUCGUACAUGCUGGGCUCAUAG